AUGGUUUUAAUGUGCAUAGAGGAUCUCACACGGGGGAGAAGCCGUAUUCCUGUCAGUGCUGGGGGAAAUGUUUUUCAGAUAAGUCCUAUCUUUACAGAUAUCAGAGAUGUCACACAGGGGAGAAGCCGUAUGCCCUGUCCUGAUGCGGGAAAUGUUUUUCAUACAAGUCUAGUCUUCACACACAUCAGAGAUCUGCACACAGGGGGGAGAAGCCUUAUUCCUGUCCUGAGUGCGGGAAAUGUUUUUUUGUCACAAAGGACCAGUCUUUCACACACAUCAGAGAUCUGCACACGGGGGAGAAGCCUUAUUCCUGUCCUGAGUGCGGGAAAUGUUUUUCACUGUCUAAGUCUUCACACACUCAUCAGAGAUCUCACACGGGGGAGAAGCCGUAUUCCUGUCCUGUGUGCGGAAAAAAUGUUUUUCACAAAAGUCCAGUCUUCACACACAUCAGAGAUCUCACACGGGGGGAGAAGCCGUAUUCCUGUGCUGAGUGUGGGAAAUGUUUUUCACACAGAAGUCUCAUCUUUCACACACAUCAGAGAUCUCACACGGGGGAGAAGCCGUAUUCCUGUCCUGAGUGCGGGAAAUGUUUUUCAAAGAAAUCCAUUUUUUGUAAACAUCAGAGAUCUCACACUGGGGGAGAAGCUGUAUUCCUGUCCUGAGUGCGGGAAAUGUUUUUCACAGACGUCCAUCUUUACAGACAUCAGAGAUCUCACACAGGGGAGAAGCCACUUUCCUGUCCUGAGUGAGGGAAAUGUUCCUCACUGA